CGUCAAUCCGAAGCUCUCUAUCCUCUGCCAUCAGAUGUUUCGACAAACUUCCCGCUCUUGGUCUUGAAACUUCCUUGUGAAUGUCGUACAACCUUUGUACUGCAGUGAGUCCCUUGCUAAGCGUUUCAAAAAGGGAAGCAGGCAAACCCAUGAGCAUUUGAACAAUCUGAUCUUUUUUCCAACCUAACUCGAUCAAUGGCAUUUUCUCAGCCAAAUGGCGACAGCGAUUAGCCAACGAGGUUGUCUCAUCGCCACAUUCAAGUUCAAUAGAUCUUUGCUGGAGAGCUCCUUGCCUUUUAUGUUCGGGUCGUAUUUCAAUUACUUCUUUGGAAACCACUGGCAGUUUCAGAACGCCACGGAUGGUCUCGAACGAAACCUCAUCGAUGCAUCUAUGGCUGAUAUCCCUAGAUUUGCACGUUGAACAAGGUCUUUGCUCAUCACAUUUCAUUUUGGCUCUCCGACAUGGCUCGCAUGCGCGACCAACUUGCUCUCGUCUUUUUCUAUUCUGCACAGUAUCUGCAUCAAGUCUCCGACGCUUCAAAGCAUUCGUCGCGCUCCCUGGCAGAAUUUCUUCAACCGAAUCCUGAUUGGUCAUUGCAAGGUGAUCUGAAUCCUUGCUUGCAGCUUUACUCAUAUCCUUCUUGGCACGGCUUUGCGUGUUGUUGUCCUGGUUUCAAAUGCCAGGACGAAAAUGAUUUCGUUUCAGCCGUUCUUGUUUUGAAGUGUAUCGUGAUUGUUGUUUUCCGAAUAAAAAGAUCUGAUUACCCGCGAG